UAUAAACACACACACACAUCACUUGAAAAUGUCUUCAUCGACGCCGCUGAUAAUCGGAAGAGUAAUCGGAGACGUGGUGGAUAACUUUACGGCCACGGUGAAAAUGUCGGUGACGUACAACUCUAACAAGCAUGUGUACAAUGGCCAUGAGCUCUUCCCCUCCAUAGUCACCCCCAAACCUAGGGUUGAGGUUCAUGGUGGUGACAUGAGAUCAUUCUUUACCUUGAUCAUGACAGACCCUGAUGUUCCUGGUCCUAGUGAUCCAUAUCUAAGGGAACACCUGCACUGGAUAGUCACAGAUAUUCCAGGCACCACUGAUGCUUCAUUUGGAAAAGAAGUAGUGAGCUACGAGAUGCCUCGUCCAAACAUAGGAAUCCACAGGUUUGUGUUAUUGCUGUUCAAACAGAAGAAGAGAGACGGGAUUAAGGCACCGAUUUGCAGAGAUCGAUUUAAUACGAGGAAGUUUGCUGAGGAUAAUGAUCUCGGGCUUCCGGUUGCUGCUGUAUUCUUCAACUGCCAGCGUGAAACUGCUGCGAGAAGGCAUUGAUCAUCUUCAUCAAAAAUUUAUACCUAAAUAAAGUAAACUAUAUAUAUAUGAUGAUGUUGUUGUAAUGAAGGUGAUGUUGUUGUUGCUAGCCAUGUUACUCCUUUUUAUGUAUGUAUGUAAAUUAGUCAUGUUUGCAUCAAUGUUGUCUAAUAAACUUUUGCUAAUAA